UUUGCUCAGAAUCUAUUCUAAUCUUCCAGAAAAUCCGUAAUAUAAAGCAAUAAUUCAAAGUAAUAAUGAUAACCCCCAGCACAUUUACUCAAGAUAUCGGUAAACGAACCCUUCAGGCAUUAACUGCCGCAGUCGAAAAAAAUCAAAAAAGCUCACAGGGAUGCAGGAUAGAUGAACUUUUAAAAAAAUACAAACUUUUGAAAAGACAAAAAGAAGAAUAUGACGAAACAGGGAGAGUCUUACCACUAAGUAGCUUUGCGGAUGAUUCCGAACAAAAAGAAAAUGAAGUACCAGGGACUGCAAAAUAUCAUGAGCGCCCCUCUCGAAGAAGGAGAAGUCCUCGAGCUUUGCGCUGCAGUAAUACCACAACAAGGUCCGAUGUAUCCGAGAUCAAACAAGAGCAAGGGUCGAUUAUUGAUGUACCAGGACAAGAAGUUAGCGAAUCAGACCUUCCAAACUUUAAAGAAGGACAACUACCAUCUGCUAAACCCAACAAAAAACUCGAAGUCAAGCAACAAGGUGAGGCUGUCCUUCGGCGUACUACACGAAGUAAAGCAAAGAAAAACAAGGAAGUAUUAACUCCAGACCCAAACUCAGCUAUUUUACCAUCCCGUGUUACACGAUCUAAAUCUGCCAAAUUUCCGUCACAGACUUUGAAUAUUGUAACUGAGGAAUCAGCUCAACACUCAAUUAGUUCAUUAAUUCGUGUUACGCGAACCAAAUCUUCCAAAUAUAUCUCAGGGAUUUCAAAAAUUGAAGAGUCAACUCAGGACUCAAAUAAUGAUAUUGGUUUACCAACUCGUAUCACACGAAGUAAAUCUUCCACAUAUGCUCAACUAAUUUCGAAGACAGGAAUUAAAGAAUCAACUCAGGGUUCAAAUAAUGGGGUUAGUCCACCCACUUCUGCCACACAAUCAAUAUCUACCAAAUUCACGUCAAGAAUAAUUAAGAAUACAAUUGAAAAGCAGGUCAUUCCUCAAUGUGAUUUACAAAAUAAUAGUAAACCACAAUCAUCUCUUAAGUCAACGUUUAAAGGGAUGCAGAAAAAUAAGAAAAAUGGCGAUAAGCCCGAAUCGGAUAUCGAGAUUUCGAAGAUUGUAACUAAAGGAUUAACUCAAGAGUCUAAUGAUGAAACUAAUUUAUCAACUCGUGUCACACGAAGCAAAUCUUCCAAACAUGUGAAACAGAUUUGGAAGACUGGAAUUAGUAAACCAAUUAAAAAUUCAAAUAAUGGAACUAGUUCGACAACCAAAAUCACGACAAGGAUAAUGAAGAGUACAAUUAAAAAGCAGGGUAUUCCUCAAUAUAAUUUACAAAACAGUAAUAAACCACAAGCAUCUCGCAAGUCGACAUUUAAAAAGACGCAAAAAAAGAUAAAUGGCGAAAAAGUUGCAAAAGACACGAAUUUACAGAUUAUGAUUCCAAAGAACGAUAAUAGGCACUUAAAAAAGUCGCAGUCUAAAACCUCAAACGAAAAUAAUUUCAUCGCUACUUCUGAGACUAAAUCUAAGACACCUGAGAAAAACAAGAAGGAUGAUUUAAUGGCCGACCCCAAAAUAGAGGGAUCUUUGCUUAAAAAUACAACAUACGCACCACAAAAAGAAACAUCCACAAUAUUGAAUGGUCGAGUGGUUAAUUCUACCAGCAAGAUACCAAGGUUAACUAGUCGGUUUAACAAUAAGAUGUCUUCUACAGACAAAUCAGUUUCUGCAUUGAAUGGAUCAAAAUAUGUGAAAACACCGCAGCAGGACAACGCUCUGAAAAAUGUACAGACUGAAGGAAAAAUGAGAAAAUGGGAAGAGAAACAAUCAAAAAUCCAAAAGCAACGGGAGCAACAGGAGAAUAAGAGAAUUCUGUUACUUGAACAACAGAAAAUUAAAGAGGAACGACUGAAGCAAUUCAUUUCGCAAAAAAAUGAGAAACGGAAAAAGAUGUAUGAGAAAGUGGAACGCAAAAGACGUCACACCAAAGAAAAAGCAAACACCAUCAAAAAGCAGAGGCAGUUUGAGAAAGAACGAGAAGAACAACCUGAGUAUAUGAUCUCAGAAACACCCUUAAUAGAUAUUGAUGCCUACUCUGACGAUGAAUAUCCUAGUGUUAACAAUUUUUUGUGGAAUUCUGAAAAGGAAAUGCAAGAAGCAUUAUUUAUGCAAGGUCCUUAUGAAAAGAUCUUUAAUAACACAUUAUUUUCCUAUGGCCAGCCAAAUCUGAAAGAGAUAUUCGUAAUCAUUGAUCCUAAAAAAUUGGAGAGAUCGUCCAGUGCUCUUUGGCAGAAAUGUCCACGUUGCAUGUUAAAGUCUCCAGCUGAUCAAAUAUCAAUUGUGGAAGAUGAAGAGGAUGAUUCGAAUUAGCAAUUUAUAUACUAUUUACUUAUUUAUUAUUUACUUAUAUUUUUUAUAAUUU